AUGGGUAAACGAAGCCACCACGAGGCAACUGAGCAGCAGCCAAAGAAAAAAUCGAAAUCUGAGAAAUCCGACAAGCCCGCAAAAAUCCCCAAAGAUACACAGGAGAAUGGGAGUGAAAAACUAGCAUCCUAUUCAGAAGCACCUGCUCUCUCCGAGCUCCCUCAGUCAGAGAUCGACAGUUACCUGACCGACAAGGUGAUCAAGAUCACCGAUCCCUCACCCGAUGCUCCGCAGUUCCGUCCAAUCCUUUCAUUUGAUCAUUUGCCUCAAUGUGAUACUUCAUUGUACUCCCAACUGAAGUCUUUCCCUGCCCCGACGCCGAUUCAAUCUACUACCUGGCCCCUUCUUUUUGCUGGCCGUGAUGUGAUUGGUAUCGCGGAGACUGGUAGUGGCAAGACACUGGGUUUUGGCCUGCCAUGUCUGAAGAAAUUGAUAGAUUCUAAGCCAAGCAAGAAGCCUUGCCAACCCCGUGCAGUGAUCAUCUCACCAACUCGAGAGCUUGCUAUGCAGAUUUAUGACCAACUCGCGAAAUUCGGCAGCACGGAGAAGACCCAGGUGACAUGCAUUUACGGAGGUGUGGGUAAGGAUGAGCAGCGCCGUGCCCUUCAAAAGGCCUCUAUUGUGGUCGCCACUCCUGGUCGCCUCAAGGAUCUCCAGAAUGAUGGGUCGGUCGACCUUGGAAAGGUCAAUUACCUCGUCUUGGACGAGGCAGAUCGCAUGCUCGACAAGGGAUUUGAGCAGGAUAUCAAGGAUAUCGUCAAGCCAAUGCCUGUCUCCAGGAGACAGACUGUCAUGUUCACGGCAACAUGGCCCCGGUCUGUGCGAGAUCUCGCAGCAACCUUCAUGAAAACCCCGGUAACCGUUACCAUCGGUGGAGAUCCAUCUGCGGACCCCCGUGCCAACACAAGGAUCAAGCAAGUAGUCGAGGUUAUGGAUGGCCGUGAGAAGGAAGGCCGACUUGUGCAACUGCUCACUAAAUCCCAGCGGGGUCAUCAAUCCCCUGAAAAAGUCCUGGUAUUCUGUCUCUACAAAAAGGAGGCUAUGCGCGUUGAGAACCUUAUCAGGAACAAGGGCUUCAAAGUUGCGGGCAUUCAUGGCGAUUUGAAUCAGUCAGAUAGAUUCCGAAAUCUGGAUGCUUUCAAGAAAGGCACUGCUACCGUUCUUGUCGCAACCGAUGUGGCGGCUCGUGGUCUUGAUAUCCCGAACGUGAAGUUGGUGAUCAAUGUUACCUUCCCGCUUACCGUCGAGGACUACGUACACCGAAUUGGAAGAACUGGACGUGCUGGGGCUGACGGUCAUGCCAUUACUAUGUUCACUGAAACUGACAAGGGACUAUCCGGCGGGUUGAUCAAUGUCCUUAAGGCGGCUAAGCAAGACGUGCCGGAGGCUUUGUUGAAAUUUGGCACCACAGUCAAGAAGAAGCAGCAUGAUGUAUACGGUGCAUUCUACAAGGACGUUGAUAUGGAUAAAACAGCGACAAAGAUCACAUUUGAUGACUAA